GAAGACAUUGGUUUCAUGAAACUUCUGCGUCAUCCUCACAUUGUGGAUUUUCAUGCUUGUUUUGUAUUUGGACCAUCAAUAUACUUGGUGCUUGGUGGAUGUUCCUAUGGUUCGGUGUCUGAUGUAAUAUCAACAUCAUAUCAAUGUGGCUUGCCAGAGAAGGCCAUCGCUUCCAUUCUUCGUCAGCUUCUCUCAGCCCUUGCCUAUCUUCAUGCGCAAUACAUUAUUCACCGGUCAGUACGAGCUAAUCACCUUCUACUCGACUCAACCGGAAGUGUCCGUUUGACAGGUUUCCGCUUGGCUCGGAAGCUUACAUUCGACGAACAGUCUACUACUGAUUUCGACAGUCAUCUUGAACCAUCCCUGCUUUGGUUAGCACCAGAGGUUCUUGGUCAGAAACAGGAUCUGAACGGAUAUUCGACUAGAGCUGAUAUAUACAGCGUGGGUGCCACGAUAUGUGAAAUGGCGAACGGAUUUCCACCAUUUGGCGACAUGGAACGCUUGGAAAUGCUGUAUGAGAAAUCAAGAGGCACUACACCUCGACUUCUUGACUCUUCUACUCUGCCUACCUAUGAAGUAUCCGGCAGAGAAGAUGUUGUCACAAAUAAAUACGAUGUUCCAGAAUGGGUUUUUUGA